AUUUGGAAAUUUGUACAAGUUGAGAUAUCAUAUCUCUCUAAUAUACACGUUUGUUUUUCCUUAAUGUGAGCGACUGAGAAUGUGUGACUGUUUUCUUCGUACAAUCAUCUGUUAUCAAAGAAUAAUAUUUGUCAAAUUCAGGAGAACGAUAUUGUUGUAAGUUGUACUGUUGUAAUUUAGUCAUGGAAUCAAAUACACAGACUACAGGUGUUCGUGUGUAUACGUUUAUAGACGAAAAUAACCAUGACAAGAAAGGUCAAAGAACAUGGUGGUACCAAUUUUGUUUACGAUGCCACCAAGCCGACACCACUCCGUCAUGGCAACCUACAUGGUGGGCAAAAAUGUUUCCCUUUCCGAUAUUUCCUACUUUUAGACAGUCUGCCCAGCAACUGUGUAUAAUUAUAUUCUUCUUCCUCGUCUGGGGGAUUUUGUACGCCGAAAUGGGUGAAUCAGUGAGCUUAAAUGGGGAACUAUUAAGUAUGACAAUUUUAGUAAUAGCCGCGUACUUAAUUGGUUGGAUCUGGUUAAAAAUUACAACAUUACCCGCACUCAUUGGAAUGCUAUUGACGGGUAUAAUGUUCCAAAACUUACACUUAGUACAUAUGACUGAUGAUUAUCGAAAACUUAACCAAGAUUUGAGGAAAAUUGCUUUAGUAAUUAUAUUAACAAGAGCUGGUCUUGGUCUCGAUGCUGGUGUACUUAAAAAACACUAUAUAGCUGUUUUGCAAAUAGGACUCAUACCCUGGCUGGUCGAAUGUGUAGCCAUUAGUGUUACUACACAUUUUUUAUUAAGCUUACCAUGGAUUUGGGCAUUUUUAUUAGGUUCUAUGAUUGCUUCCGUUUCUCCAGCUGUGGUAGUACCAUGUCUGUUUAGGCUGCGAGACGCUGGCUUUGGUGUUUCUAAAGGUAUACCUACAUUACUGUUGGCUGCAGCUGCAAUAGACGAUUCCGUUAGUGUUGCUGUAUUUGCAAUCAUACUUAAUGCGAUGUUUUCAACUGGUUCGAUGACUUUUAACAUUAUAAAGGGUCCUCUAUCAAUAAUAGCUGGCGUGGUUCUUGGAUCACUUUGGGGUGCUUUUGCAUCUAUUAUUCCAGAAAGAGGAGAUGUAUACGUAGUCCCUUUAAGAUUUUUAGCUCUAUUUUUGGGUGGCUUAUUUUCAUUAUUCAUAUCAAGCUUAAUCGGCUGGAGUGGUGCAGGUCCCUUAGCAAUAGUAUCUUCAGGUUUCAUAGCUGCAUAUUACUGGGAAAAACAAGGCUGGCCUGUGAAUAAAAACCCGGUCAGCAAUCUGUUUCGAAUUCUGUGGAUAUUCUUUGAACCAAUACUUUUUGCCUUUACUGGAGCUCAAAUCACAGUCAGUGCCUUAGAUCCUCAAGUUAUAGCAAUGGGUGCUGUUUGUCUAGUAUCAUGUCUAUUAUUGCGUGUUAUCGCCACAUUUUUGAUAAGUUUCGGAUGUGGUCUGAACAAUAAAGAGAAACUCUUCAUUGGUCUUACUUGGUUAGCAAAGGCUACAGUUCAGGCAGCAUUGGGUCCAGCAGCAUUAGAUUUAGUUCAUAAUGGUCAAACAGCUGGUAAUUCAUUUGUGGAUGAAGAGAGUUACGCGAAGGCAAUCUUGGCUGUAAGCGUUCUUAGCGUGGUCAUAUCUGCUCCUAUCGGUGCAAUACUUAUCGCUCUUGCUGGACCUCGUUUGCUCAGUCGUGAUUCCCAGGGUCAAGAUAUUCCAAUUGAGAACGAAAAUAAAACGAUCAGAAAUACACCCUUAUGACGAAAUGUAAAUAAUAAUAUUUCUACUUAAUAUUAUUUACUUAACAAUGUACUUACAUUUCUAUAAAUGUUCUAUGAAACUUAUUACUUUAAAAUAAACUGUAAGGCUUUGUUUGGAUAAAAACUAUUUAUACGUUUAUGUCUAUUAAAAUAUGUAAGUAUUUUGUGUA